CGCAGCCACGAUAAACUGGUCCACCAAGGCACCAGGGUCGGUACGCAGCAUUGACUGAGCGCCCUGCGACAAAAUGAGGACAUUCCAGAAUCCUGAACAACUAUGCUGACUUAUAAAGGUACGACGUUACAGUCCUAGAUGAGAGACAGACCUUCACUUUAUUCAUGAUCACUAUGACGAGCAGACCACAAUUGCGGGUCCUUUUCUUCGACGUCUUCGGAACAUGUGUAGCCCAGAGGAAGCCAGUAGCGGAUGCGCUAUGGAGAGCGGCUAAAGAGGCGCUGGAGUCGGAUACGUCGUUGGUCAAUAGUGAAGUCCGGGCCAAGGCGACUAAGAUGUCCUACGAGCAGUGGUUUGAGUUCGGGGGUUCGGAAUGGAACAAAGACGUCGACGUAUUCACCAGCGAUAGUAAAGCGAAACACGGCAACGUCGAUUGGAGGGCAGUCGACAAGUAUCGUUUUGAAUCGCUCCACAAACUCCUCGCACAGCUCGGCUUGAUCAUUCCGCACGAAGAUGCCAGCACCUCAGGACUUGCCGUCAAGGAGGGUUCGCUGUGGAAUGAGUCGCAUCUCAAAGAACUCGGCCUUGUCUGGCACCGUCUACCCCCUUGGCCCGAUACCUGCCGUGGCCUGGACUUGCUCAAUAAGCAAUUCUCUACCGUGACACUGAGCAACACUUAUAACGACUUAAUGACAAACCUGGUAGCGCAUAGCAGCAUCCCCUUUAAGCAUGUUUACACUUCCGACUUGUUCCAAUCGUUCAAGCCGAACCCCAAGGUAUAUCUCGGAGCGGCAGAGAAGAUGGGCGUGAAGCCAGAGGAGUGUGCGCUCGUGGCCGCGCACCUGAAUGAUCUGAAAGGUGCCAAAGCGUGCGGAUUCUAUGCAAUAUACAUUGAGAGACCGUUGGAGGAGAAGACUCCGGAAUUGCGAGAGCAAAAUAUUCCGGACAUGGUGGUUAAAGAGGAUGAGGAUGGUUUUAUUGCUUUAGCCGAGCGAUUGGGGAUAGAGGUUGUUUAAUAUGGCCACGCAAGACGAGUCUUGGAACAGCGGACAUUUAUCAUGCAUGGCCAUGCGAGGCAUUGCAUUUAGUAUAGGAUUA